AUGGUAUUGGGCAAUUCUACAAAUUACUUACGAAAUAUAUUGCCUUCAAUAAAAUCCAUUCUUACCCAAAUCUCAUCCAGCGUAUCUCAUCCCAGCAGUAAUUUUUCAAAACCACUACAACUCAAAAAAGAAAUACCGAACAUAGACUAUAAUGAUGAUAUUGAUAAUAAAGCUAGCAUCAACACUAAAACUAAGGCCAAAAAUAGCAAUAGUAAUAAUUAUAAAACCCUUCCUUUGAGAUAUCUUGAUGAAACCAUAUACAAACAGAUGGAACCAAAUGAAAAUGAUCAAAUCUUUGUUGCAAUUUCCUCUGGAGUGGAUUCAUCCGUUACUGCUGCUCUACUAAAACAAAAAUAUAAAAACAUACAGGCUAUUUAUAUGGCAAAUUGGUCCCAAACCUCAAACUGUAUCGAAAAAGAUUGGAAUGAUGUUCAGGACCUUUGUCAGUUUUUAAAUAUACCUUGUAAACGACUAAAUUUCGAAAAGGAUUAUUGGUUUAAUGUCUUUGAACCAAUGAUCGAAAUGUAUAAAAAUGGUUUAACCCCAAAUCCUGAUAUCUAUUGUAAUCAAUUUGUCAAAUUUGGUAAACUAUUCAAUUAUCUAGAUGAAUACCAAAAGAACCACAAACCAAUCACCCCAAGUUCAAAUUGGUGGCUAGCAACUGGCCAUUAUGCUAGAAUCAUGAAUCAUAUCCCUUCAAACCAAUUCCAUUUAUUAAGAAGCUUAUACCCUAAUAAAGAUCAAAGUUUUUACCUAUCCAAAAUAUCUCCAUCCAUUUUAAACCAUUUGCUUCUACCUGUUGGCCAUUAUUCAAAGACUCAAAUUAGACAAUUAGCAAAAGAUUUUAAUUUGCCAACUGCUUCAAAACCCGAUUCUCAAGGUCUAUGUUUUGUCAACCCUUCAAACACAAAAAAUGGAAAAUUUCGAAAAUUCUUAAACGAUUUUAUUCAGCCAAAACCGGGAAAUAUUAUCACAAAAGAUGGCACAAUUUUUGGUCAACACCAAGGCUUGUGGCAUGGAACAAUAGGUCAAAAAUCUGGGAUCUCAAUGCCGCAAGGAAAUCAAUUAUACAAAGGUGUUUGGUAUAUAAGUGAAAAGAGAAUUGCAUCUAAUGAAUUAGUAAUUGUUAAAGGCGGAGAUAAUGUUGAUUUAUUCACAAAUACGAUGAUUGUAAAAAACUGGACCUGGAUGGGAAAUGAUUUGAAUUUUCAACAAAUUAAUCAAAUUUUGUCAAAUAAAAAAAACGAUCAUGAAUUAUGUGUUCAAUAUAUUUCCUUACAAAAACCCUUAAAGAUCAGCAAUUUUAAUCUUGUUAAUAAUAAAUUAAACGAAAUUCAGAUCUCGCUAACACAACUUGCCAGAGCAAUCACUCCUGGUCAAAACAUGGUAUUAUAUGAUGGAAACAGGAUUCUUGGUUGUGGUAUUAUUCAAAAAUCCUUUAAAUUGAAUCUUUAA